AUGGCCGACGGCCAAUCCGAAUAUCCCGACCCGAAAGAGGUCGCCGAGAGUAGAGAUGCAGCAAACGAAGAACCUGCACCGAAACGCAGAGCACCUCGCGCUGGGAGCCGAAGUGUUUCUCUUCUGACUCCUGAGAAACUCUCUCGAAAACGUGCGAACGAUCGUGAAUCUCAGAGGUUGAUUCGCCAAAGGACAAAAGCUCAUAUUGAAGAGUUAGAGGAACGGAUUCGACAAUUGUCAGAACAUGAAGAUACCAAGGAGCUGGAGCAGAUCAAGAGACGAAACGCAGACCUGGAAGAAGAGCUGAAGCAGCUUCAGGAGCUUUUGGGACGGUCGGAUGCCAGUGGAGCUUCUUCCCCUGAGCCCAAUCCGUUGUCCCCACGAUUUGGCCUGGAGAGUUUAGAUAACCAAACACAUCCGCUUGCGUACUCUAGCAGUAUGUCGCCUCAAAUCGGCUCGGCGAGUGGACCCGGUGGACUAUUUUGGUCGUUCCCAACUUCAAGUGCAGGAGAUUUACCGCUGUCUUUCGCUCCCGGUCAAUUAGGAUUGCAUUCUGGAUUCUCAAAACCAAGGCGUAUGAACCCCGAAACCUUCAUAUCGGAACCCGACUUCCAAAAUAUCACGAACGCUCCUGUGAUAGCAUCACCAAUCCGGGGGGGUGGCCCAAUUUCGCGGCCCCAGGUCGGACGAAGUAGAUCAUAUCUCGAUGGACAACGCGAUCUGCCGGCGAGCAAACCGCUAGGAAUAGCAAUGACUGGACUUACAAUUGGAGUCGGUCCCCCACCGCUGACUGGCCAUCCAACAUCUAUAAUCGGUAACCCACCAAUAAUUACUGGCAUGCUCAACAGCAACGCUCCUGCUAUGCCAUCUCUGAACGAUCAUCUAUUGACAACCAACCUCCAAAAUGCUGAAACGGACUCACAGGUAUCAGCACCGCAGAAUAGGCCAACUUACGAGUUAGCUCCAAGCACUUUCACCCCCGUUUUGCCUUGGAGAUUCAAUCUAGUCUUCACACCACCUAAGGGGCCACUCGAAAGAAUUCUACUCAGUCUGCUGCAACGUCAGAGAGCUUUGGUAAUUGAGAGCACGCCGGGGAGCUCACCCAUCGGACCCUAUUAUCCAGAUCUCAAAGCCUUCACCAGUCUUGAGAUGUCGAGCAAAACACAUCCAGUCGCCUCCGUUAUUGCACAGCUUUUUCUUCGGGUCAGGUUUCGAUCCCUUGCGGAGAAGGUGGCAGCGGCGUUUUUGGUUUACCACUUUUGCCAAUGGCAAAUAUUGCCUGACGUAAAUACUUACAGCAGUAUGCCGGAACGGUUUCGCCCACGGCCCUCGCAAAUGUCGACGGCGCAUCCGAUCUGGACCACAUUGCUGGCUUGGGGGAGGAUGCGAGAUGUAGUGAUCAGCAACCAGGAAAAGUAUGCGACGGCAGAGUUCAUGGAACUGUACAACGCCAGCGUCAAUGUGAAUUGGCCUUAUGGAGAGGAGAAUAUUCUCAUGUUCGUCGGGGAAGAAGUAAUGGCAACGGAGGCAUUCAUUCAACACAUCGAAACCGAAGCGAACUUCAGUUUGGACGAGCCAUUUCAACAAAGGUAUCCUGAAUUGAGGAAUGCCUGCAGGUUCACAGAACUCGAGUCUUCCCCACAGAUGAGCGGAAUGAAUGCAAUGGCUGACAAUGCUCACGAUCACUAA